CAUAUGAGCUUGCACAAUUUGAUCAAGUCAAUAUCCUUUAAGGCCUUUAAUUCAAUUCAGAAACUAAUCAAUUCAUUUAUAUCUGAUUGGAUCAUAGCAAAAUAUUCCAAAAAAUAUCAGUUUCCCAAAAGAAAGAAGAAAAAAAAUGGUAGCUGUUUUCAACAAAGAGCUAUUGAGUUGGUACCUUAUCACCCUUAAACUCAGAGAAGCUUUAGAAGCAGGGAUUCCACCGUCGUCAUCUCGAUCGAUCGAGUUACCUCAGCAGCAGCAGCAGCAGCAGCAAAAGCUUGAGCAACAACCUGCAGAAUCAUUGCAGGUUCUUCAUACCAACCAAGAUGGUGAAAAUUUGAAAGAGGAAGCAAGCACGCCGGAAUCUGAAUGGGUGAUCUCCAUCAAGGAAAAGCUAGAGGAGGCGAAUCAAGACGAUGUAGUGAGUUCGUGGACCAAGCUAUCAAUCUAUAAAAUCCCUCAUUAUCUUAGAGAUAGUAGUGGCGACGAUAAAGCUUAUGCACCUCAGAUUGUGUCUAUAGGACCUUACCAUCAUGGCAAGAAACGUCUUCGGCAAAUGGAACGUCAUAAAUGGCGUUCCAUUAAUCAUGUCCUUAAGAGGACGGAACAUGACAUUAGGAUUUAUCUCGAUGCAAUGAAAGAGAUGGAAGAAAGAGCGAGAUCGUGUUACGAAGGAAUGGUGGGGUUUAGCAGCAAUGAGUUUGUGGAAAUGUUGGUUCUUGAUGGUUGUUUCGUGCUAGAGCUAUUUAGAGGAGCUACAGAAGGGUUCAAGGAACUUGGUUAUUCGAGAAACGAUCCUGUUUUUGCGAUGCGUGGAUCGAUGCAUUCAAUUCAACGAGAUAUGAUCAUGCUAGAAAAUCAGCUUCCUCUUUUCAUAUUGGAUUUGCUUCUGGGAAUUCAGCUUGGUAAACCAGAUUUGAAAGGACUAGUUGCGAAUCUAGCACUCAGAUUCUUUGACCCUUUAAUGCCAACAGAUGAGCCGUUAACAAAAAGUGAUAUAAAUAAACUCGAAUCAACAUUUAGAAAAAGCACUACCAGGGACACCUUUGAUCCUUUAUCCGAUCAAGGCGGCCUUCACUGUCUCGACGUAUUCAGGAGAAGCUUAUUGCGCACGGGACCUCAACCGGCAACUAGAAUAUGGAUCAAACGCAGGUCGAACGCUAAUAGAGUUGCAGACAAACGGCGCCAACAACUGAUACAUUGUGUCACCGAGCUAAAAGAGGCUGGAAUCAAGUUCAAAAAACGGAAAACCGAUCGCUUCUGGGAUAUUAAAUUCAAAGACGGAAUUCUGCGAAUUCCGAGACUCUUGAUCCAUGAUGGUACAAAAUCUUUGUUUCUAAACCUCAUUGCAUUUGAGCAGUGUCAUCUUGAUUGCAGCAAUGACAUAACAUCGUAUGUUAUCUUCAUGGACAACUUGAUUAACUCUCCGGAAGAUGUCGGGUACCUUCAUUACCAAGGGAUAAUCGAACACUGGCUCGGCAGUGAUGCCGAAGUCGCGGACCUUUUCAACCGGUUAUGCCAAGAGGUUGUGUUUGACAUCAAUAACAGUUACCUCUCUCCAUUAUCAGAGUCUGUGAAUAGAUACUAUAAUCAUAGAUGGAAUACUUGGUGUGCAAGCUUGAGGCACAAUUACUUCAAUAAUCCUUGGGCCAUUAUCUCUUUUGUGGCUGCUGUAGUUUUGUUGCUACUGACAUUUGCACAAACCUAUUACAGUGUUUAUGGAUAUUAUAGACCAGCACAGUAGCUGGUAUACAGAUAACUUUGAAGGCUUUUUCAUUUCACAUUUAUCAUUACAAUUUUCUUUUAUUGAUUCUUUCUUAAGUUUGAGAUAUUUGAUGUGUUUAUGUUACUUUCAAGAAUGGAGACUAGAAAUGAGUGUGGAUUUGAAAGGUUGAAGAGUGAAGACUUGAAGUAUUUGUUAUUUGAAUUAUUUUGGUACAGAAGAUACUGGCUAGUGACUACUACUGUUAUACAAAUUCUAGCUUAGUUGCAUAAAAAGCUUUUAUUUCAUAUUCUAUUACUGUAAUUCUUUGUUUAUUUUAUAUUUUUGGGACGAUGAAUAAUUUCUUUUUGAAGUAUAAUCUAAAUAACUAGUGUGUAAGUUUGCUUAU